UAUUUCUCUACCUUCAAGUAAAACCUACCUACGAAUAUUCGGUAUUUUACUCUUAUAAAUAUAACCUCUUCUGUUUAACAAAACCCCCCAAAAAAUCAAAUCAAGCCUUGAGAAUAUGAGCCAAGCCUUAAAAAUCGACUUCCAAAUUUGCGAAGAAAUCGGCCGUGGUAGAUUCGGUACCGUCUACCGCUGCUUUUCUCCGGUCACCGGUCAUUCCUUCGCCUGUAAAUCCAUCGAAAAAUCCCUCCUCCUCGAUUCCACCGACCGUGAGUGCCUCGACAAGGAGCCCAAGAUUCUUCAGCUCCUUUCCGGUAGCCCAAACAUUCUCCACCUCUACAAAAUCUACGAAGAUGAAAACUUCCUUCACAUGGUAUCCGACCUCUGCCCUAACAACGAUCUUUACGAGCGGGUUUCCACUGGGCCGUUAUCCGAACGCGCCGUCGCUAAUAUUCUGGUUCAAUUAAUUUCCGCGAUUAAUCACUGUCACAAAAUGGGGGUGGCCCACCGCGAUAUUAAGCCGGAUAAUAUCCUUUUUGAUUCUCAGGACAGAUUGAAGUUGGCUGAUUUUGGAUCUGCGGAGUGGUUUGUUGGGUGUGAGGGGGGGUUGAUGAGUGGGGUGGUGGGUACGCCGUAUUACGUGGCGCCGGAGGUUUUAACGGGUAAAGAAUACAAUGAGAAAGUGGAUGUGUGGAGCGCCGGUGUUAUUUUGUAUAUUAUGCUUUCCGGAGUUCCUCCUUUUUACGGCGAAACUCCGACUGAGACAUUUCAGGCUGUUUUAAGGGCAAAUUUGAGAUUUCCCACUAGGAAUUUCAGGUCGGUUUCGCCUGAAGCUAAGGAUUUGUUGAGGAAAAUGAUCUGUAAGGAUGUUUCUAGAAGGUUUUCAGCAGAACAAGUGCUAAGACACCAAUGGGUAAUUAAUGGAGGAGAGACAAGAUCAGUGGAUGAUUAAUUACUAAUAGUGCAAAUCUGUUAAGCUUGUGCUUGUGCUUAUGCUUGUGCUGUACAUAUUAUGAGGAAAAUAAAAAGAAAGAAAAAUUUGCGGCUAUAUAUGUAAAAAUUCCAUGCUUUCCCCACCUUUAUAUGUUUUUGGAAUAUCAAAGGUUGAGGGAGAGAGGGAAGUAUUUGUGCUUUUAGCCUUUUAUCCUUCAGUUUUGUUUAGAGAAGCACUACUAUGUAAUAAAGUUUGCUGCUUUUAUAAUGCUAUGGAUCUUUAAGAAAAUUUCUGCAUGUA